AUGGAAAGGAUGUUCGCGAAGCCGCUUGUGGACAGUCUGGAAGGGCACAUCGAUGCUGUUGAGGUCCUGUACAGGCGACCUGGCUCCCUAACAGGUGUGGCCAGUGGAAGCUGGGAUGGAGGAAUAAUCCUCCACAAUCUUGCAACCCGAAAACCGAUCGCCAAAAUUCCCCAGGCGCACAAGGGAAAGCGUCAGGGCUAUGCUUCUCUCCGGAUGGUCAAAGGCUUCUUAGCUGCGGUGUCGAUCCCUCUUAAUGUAUUCCCGGGAAAGCUGCGUUUAAGCGAGGAUCAAUCUAUCCAUCUUCUCACUUUCCCAACAUCAACCGAAACUAUCACAUCUGUACGAUUUAAUGAGCGAAUCAUCGGUGCUCGCAAGUAUAGGAUCCGACGGGACAUUCACGCUGUACGAUAUCAGGACUGGAAAGGCUGA